GCAAUUACAUGUAAUUUAUUCAUUUAAUAUAAACAAUAAUAUGUAUAUGUAAAUGGGGGAAAAAAUCGUUCGUAUAUAAACGUAGCGCGUUCAGCAAAUAAUGACAGUUGCAUAAAAUUAAUCCUCAUUUUUUUAUUUAAAGUAUUUCAAUUGUUGUGUUCUUCACAAAUUGUAAGUUUUAUAACCUAGAAAUCAUGUUUACUGUGUUUACUAAUAUCCUAAUAUGUCAAAAUGAAUUUAUAUUUUGAAUAUAUUUAUUCCUGUAUUAGGAAUUUAUAAAAAAAAUUAUAUAAUGUCAAAGUGACAAUGUUUAUUUGUACUUUGCACUUCGAUCAAAAUGUUUUUCUAAGGUAACUAAAAGGAACAAAAAAGAGAGAAAAUAUUAAAUUGAACAAGUAAACUUCAAAAUUCUACAAGUGAAGAAGAAGAAUACGUGAAAUUGUUUUGCUUUUUUUGUAACGUCAAUUAUCAUUUUGAAAAAAAGGGAGAAAAAUGCCUGCAAAGUUGAGUAAAUUUAAUGUCACAGCUUCUUGUAAAGAUUAUGUGCAUCCUUGGCAAGAUUCAUGUAUAAGUGCAACAGCUGGUCUAGGUCUUCACGCUCUUCAAGAAAGUUUUCGGAUAUACUCAACUGUUUAUUUUAUUACACUCUUAUUGAGGGGAAAAAUACCAUCGAGAAAUGAUAUUAAAAUUACAUUGAAGAGUAUUUUACAAUCAACCGCAUUUUUGUCAUGUAGUGCAUUUACAUUUUCAAUGUUUAUUUGUAGUCUGAGACGGAUUCUAGGCGAUUUCAACGUAUUGACAGUGUCAUUUGUUCCAUCAUUUUUAUCUAGUUUUGCGGCAAUUAUUUUAGAGCGUCCUUCUAGGCGACCAUUAUUGAGCCUUUAUGUUUCAAAUAUUGCUACAGAGACAUUAUUUCGAAUGGCUGUUUGGAGAGGAUACGUUUCACCAAUUCCUUAUGGUCAAAUUUAUAUUUUUGCCAUGAGUAUGUCAGUUCUACUCUAUUACUAUCGAAGCAAGGAGAUCAAACACGACUCAAUAUUUAGAAUACUUAGAAUUUUAGUGGGACAAUACGAGGAUGAAAAAUAUUUGAAUGAAAGACCAAAAAUUUCAGAAAGUAGUAGUAGAAGUAGUAGUAGUAGUGAUAGUAGACAAAUUGAAGUGAAAAAAAGCACGUGUGAUGAAAAGAAGAUGAAAAAAAUAUCUAGAGUAAAAAAUAAUGCUUUCUUCAAUCUUCUUUGGAAAGCUCUUAAUGUAUAUAAAUGUCUAAUAGAAAAAAUUAAAUCACAAAGUAAGCAUAUGUCCUGUCCACAUUCCAACAGUUGUGUACAUUAUAUUCUAACGGGGAGUUUGAAAUUAUUCACCUACGGAUUAGGCGCUCAAUUAGCACUUAAAUUAGUCUUCAAAAUUGGACAAUUAAUGCAAAGGCCAAAAUUAUUGAGGAAUAUUGUUUUCAAGAGGGAAAAUUUGAAAUUACCAAUUUUUCUCGGCGGAUUCUCGGGAAUUUUUAGACUGACGUCAUGUUUAUUGAGACGAUCUUUUGGUUACGAUUCAUCGAGUCAUGCAAUUCCUGCAGCAUUAAUUGCGAGUCUUAGUUUUUUCAUUUACCCAGACAUAACGGCCUCUCUCUAUGUUAUGUGGAAAGCUUUACAGAUUCUAUGGAACGAUGGAGUUGAGAAGGGAAAAGUACCUGAAGUAAAGUGGUUCCCGAUAUUUUUGUACUGUUUUAGCACUGCUGUUCUCUUUCACGCAGCAAUUGUCGAGCCUCAAAAUUUAAGGGCUUCGUAUUGGAAAUUUUUAAUUAACAUAUCAGGAGGAAGAAUAGCAGCAAUGUCUCGAUUGCCUCUCGACGAGUUUGGAUUGGAAACUAGUCAAUUUCUUCAACAAGUCCUCAAGAAAACGAAUACAACUGAUAAAUACAACUAUUCAUUCUAAAUUUUUCUAGAUUUAUUCCCGUAGACGCUUAUUGUUGCAAAAUUAAUAAUUAUUCAUUUGGCAAAUUUUCUAUUUUUUUAUUUUUUAUUUAUUUCUUUUAAAUAUAGUCAUUUUUCAAUCUAUUUUAGCAACAAUUUGUCGCAACAAAAUGAAGAGAGCAUAAAAAUUACAUUCAUAUUUAUUGACCAUUUUUUUUAAUAUAUAUAAUAUAACGAGGGAAACAAUUAUAUGAACAAAUUUACAUUGUUAUGGUAAUUUUAGUAAUCUUUUAAUAAUUAUAAUGAUUAUUAAUAUAUAAAAAUAUAUUUAUUGUUGGAAGCGUAGUUGGUAGUUGGUGCUA